GGCGGAAUUGCUAGCAAGUUAGACUACAAAAUGAGUGACAUGGUCGAGUACAUGUCAAUCAUGACAUGCAAGCUUUAUGCGCGCUUCCUCACUAACGCUAACAUGUCUGCCUUAGCUGACUCCUUGCCAUCUUUCGUUUUCAGCUUCCGCAAGUUUGUAUUGCAAGUGUUAACUUCUACCAGAUUGCCCUGCGCAACCUGCCUCUUGGCUUUGUCCUAUCUCUCGAAUCGUUUGGAUUCCGUUUCCCAGGAUCCGGCGAUGGUUGCUCGUUGGACGCAAGAGAACCCUUCCUACCAGUUGUACGCCUUGUUGACUGUUGCCCUCGUUCUUGCCAACAAGUUCUUGGAUGACAACACGUUCACCAACCAGUCCUGGUCUCAAGUUUCGGGUUUGCCUUGCUCCGUCGUCAACAAGCUCGAGAGAGAAUGGCUUGCCAGUAUCUCUUGGUCUCUGAACCCCUGAUCCUCUUCACCAGGAAGCCUGGAAAUGGUGGCGCGCCUCUUGGACUGUUUUC